AUCCGGCUCAGACCCAGUCCACAAGCUUGCGCGUAGAUAUGUCGACCCCUACUUCGAACAAGCUCCAACAGCCGAAAUGGGUUAAGGUUAAAACCCUGGCUCCAUGCCAGACGUACAUAGAUGUUAUCGUGAAGGUGUACAAGACGCGUCACCUUCUGACCCAAAAAAGGUCAGAUAACACGUCUAAAGAAUACAGCGAAGCCUUGGUUGGUGACGAGACUGGAUGUCUGAUCCUCACUCUGUGCGAUGACGACAUCAAGCUCGCACAAGAAGGGGCCGUGCUCGAGAUCAUCAACGCGAAGAUCGAGAUGGCCAAGUUCUACAUGAGAUUGGUCGUUGACAAGUGGGGGAAAAUUCGGCCUUCGACGCGCACUAUUUCCCACGUGAACCUCAGCAACAACCUAUCCAACGUGGAGUUCGAGUUGGUAGACAAGACGGACGAAAAUUCCGCUUCAGCCGAAUGAAAAUUAGGAGUUUGACACCAAAACACCGAGGGAGCUGAUACGAGACGUAAUACAGAAAAAGAUUGCGA